AUGCCGGGUGGGCUCCUGCUCCGGCUGCUCCUCAUCACGGUUCUAUGCCCUGGCCUCCUCGGGACAGUCUCAGUGCGGAAUCUGCACCUCUGUGAGGGCUACACGGGCCCCGACGGCCGCUACCACUCUGGCUUCUACUGCCCACGGCUGAGUGACCCGGACGGCCACCGCUUCUGCUGCCGCCCCAGCCCACAUGCCCUCAAGUCCUGCUGCUCCAAGUUGGCCCUAGAGGCCCUCACUGGGCUGAAUGCCUCCAGUCUGGCUGACCCUGGUGUCCUCCGGCACCCGCUGGCUCUGCCCUUCGCGGCACUUUACGGGCUCCUCAUCCUCCUCCUCAUGGCCAUUGACCUCAUCCACUUCUGCCGGACCCGGCGGUGCCACAUCAGCCACAUCCUGCCCUGUGCCUGCCACCUGCCCUGCGGCUCCCAGCCAUCCAUCAGCCGCGUGUGCUGA